UAGUGUUUGACGUCUUAUUAAAUCUCUCUUGGAAUUGCUGGGGCCCCUUUGCCAAACUGAAUAAUGCGGCCCCGUCUGGGUAUCAACUGUGGCCCCGUCUGGGUAUCAACUGUGGCCCCGACUGUGUAUCAACUGUGGCCCCGUCUUUGUAUCAACUUCAACAAGUUUACAGUCAAUUUUCGUGUACAUCCCACCAUAACAUCCAGAUGUGUACCGUUUUCAACCCUUCGGUAGGUCAACUUUUCGUUCUAUGUUGGUCAUCUGUUGGUCAUCUACUCACUGGUCACUGUUUGUUCAUCCACUGGUCUUCUGUUGGUCAUCUGUUGGUCACUGCUUCUUUACUACCUUGGUGUCUCCCAGCAAUAUGACGUCAUGGUGUUCGUCCGACCCGGUGUUUCGAC